AUGACUGAAGCCUACUUCAAGUUCCGUGGAAACCGAACUAUCUAUGUACAGCAGUUUCCAACAGUGGCCACUGAAGCAACAGCCACAACCACAGAUAAAUAUUCUAACCUUUACAUGUAUGUUGGUUUGUUCUUAGGUCUCCUUGCUGUGCUCCUGGUUCUGUUAUUUACUAUGCUGUUGCGUAUCAAGCAUGUUAUCUCUCCUAUUACCACCACUACAGAAAGCUCAGAGAUGCCACAGUUCACAGAUGUAGAGAUGCAAGGAAGGUCUCCAAGUGCCUGA